UGCUGGGAAGCGCUUCCCGGUUGUUAUCCUUGGUUGUCGCGCCAAGCACCUCCGGGUUCCUCCGUUCAUUGGCGAUAAGUUACAUGUGCCAAAACAAAUAUAAUUAAAUCUGGUCUAGCAAAUAAAGAGACAAGUAGUUGUAUCGUUGUAUUUUUUAAAGAGACAGCGGCUGACUGCUACAAACAUGGACACGUACGGCAACUCGCACAAGAAACCGAAGCUGGGCAACGCUGGCCAAAACUGGGGAAUGCAACGUGCAACUAAUGUCACCUAUCAAGCUCAUCAUGUCAGCCGGAACAAGCGCGGGCAGGUUGUGGGCACACGAGGAGGGUUCAGAGGAUGCACCGUUUGGCUGAGUGGUUUGUCUGGCGCAGGAAAGACCACAGUGAGCAUGGCUCUGGAGGAGUACCUGGUGUGUCACGGUAUCCCCUGCUACACACUGGACGGGGACAACAUCCGCCAGGGGCUGAACAAAAACCUUGGCUUCAGCCCAGAGGACCGUGAAGAGAACAUUAGGCGCAUUGCUGAGGUGGCUCGGCUUUUUGCUGAUGCUGGGCUGGUCUGCAUCGCCAGCUUCAUCUCCCCCUACAGCAGGGAUCGCCUUAAUGCGAGGAAGAUCCACGAGGUGGCAGGGCUGCCUUUCUUUGAGGUGUUUGUGGACGCUCCACUGGAUGUCUGUGAGCAGAGGGACGUGAAGGGGCUGUACAAGAGAGCCAGAGCGGGAGAGAUACAAGGUUUCACUGGGAUUGACUCCGAGUACGAGAAGCCAGAGGCCCCGGACCUGGUGCUGAAGACCGACUCCUGCAGCGUGAAUGAGUCCAUACAACAGCUUGUUGACCUGCUUCAAGAGAGAGACAUCGUUCCCAUUGAUGCCUCUUAUGAAGUGAAAGAGCUGUACGUUCAGGAGAAUAAGCUGGACCUGGCUAAGGCUGACGCAGAGACUCUGCCCGCUGUACAGAUUGGGAAGGUGGACAUGCAGUGGGUGCAGGUGCUGGCUGAAGGCUGGGCCACGCCUCUGAAUGGCUUCAUGAGAGAGAGAGAGUACUUGCAGUGUCUUCACUUUGACUGUCUGCUGGACGGUGGCGUCAUUAACCUGUCGGUGCCUGUGGUGCUGCCGGUGUCUACUACAGAUAAAGAGCGGUUAGAAGGGGUGACGGCUGUGGCUUUGGUCUACGGCGGCAGACGAGUGGCUAUCCUUCGCAACCCUGAGUUUUAUGAACACCGCAAAGAAGAGCGAUGUGCUCGUCAGUGGGGCACCACCUGCAAAGACCACCCUUACAUCAAGAUGGUGAUGGAAAGCGGGGACUGGCUGGUUGGGGGAGACCUGCAAGUUCUGGACAAGAUCUACUGGAAUGACGAACUCGAUCAGUACCGACUGACACCCACUGAGCUCAAACAGAAGUUUAAAGAAAUGAAUGCUGAUGCUGUAUUUGCCUUCCAGCUCCGCAACCCGGUCCACAACGGCCAUGCUCUCCUGAUGCAGGACACCCACAAGCGUCUCAUCGAGCGAGGCUACCGCCGGCCUGUCCUGCUGCUCCACCCGCUGGGAGGUUGGACCAAAGACGACGACGUGCCGCUGCCCUGGCGAAUGAAGCAGCACGCCGCUGUGCUGGAGGAGGGCGUCCUGAAUCCAGAUUCCACUAUCGUGGCCAUCUUUCCUUCGCCCAUGAUGUAUGCUGGCCCAACUGAGGUUCAGUGGCAUUGCAGAGCUCGAAUGGUGGCUGGAGCCAACUUCUACAUCGUGGGCCGUGACCCUGCAGGCAUGCCCCACCCGGUAACGGGGAAGGAUCUGUAUGAGCCCACUCACGGCGCCAAGGUCCUCACCAUGGCACCGGGCCUCAUCACGCUGGAGAUCGUACCUUUUAAAGUCGCCGCGUACAACAAGGUCAAAAGAGCAAUGGAUUUUUAUGACUCCAAAAACCAUCAAGAUUAUGAUUUCAUCUCGGGCACACGUAUGCGGAUGAUGGCUCGCGAGGGAGAGAAUCCUCCCGACGGCUUCAUGGCGCCGAAGGCUUGGUCUGUGCUGAAGGAAUACUAUAAGUCACUGGAGAAGGCUUAGAGGCCGAGUCUCACGUAAAACAAACAUUUGAAGACAGUGAGGUUUAACAGGAUCAAUGAGGGGACCACUCAUCUACUGUCAACAAAAAUCACGCUCUGGCUUCUGUCCGUGUCACUUUCACGCUCAACUGAACAGGAAACUGGUCUCAGUUGUGUUUAGUCUUAUAACAUUUGUGUUUUAACUCGAUGUACUUUUAUUUAACUGAACUCACUUUGAUUGGGAAUUAUAGUAGAAGUAUUAUAACAAACAGAAGCAGUUCUUUUAAAAUCAACGUUUGUGUUUCUCACUAACUUCAUAACUGUAUAUUCUGUCAACUGUAAAGAUUAAGGAUCAAGACUGAUGAUGACCUGUAUGGAAAGUACUGUUGACCAGUAUUUGAAGAGGCCUGGAUGAAUGUUUGAAUUUAUAAAGUUACUGCACCCUGCUGGAGUUCACUUAAAGCUCACUAUUGAAACCCCAAAAACGUUACUUUGUACUUUAUGUUUGCAAGUGGCAGUGGUAAUUGCUCAAAAUUUGGUGUACACAAGUAUUUGAUGUAUCAGUCGAGUGCCUUGGUCCUCGGAAAGUGAAUUCACAUGAUGUCUUGUUUGAAUUAGGACACACACACACACACACCUCUGCUUCUUGUCUCACUUGUCUUUGUUACACUGACUGAUACGGUCCAGUAGUUGAAGAAAUGAGCUGCAAAACAUUUAGAUUAUAUGCAACGGGAAUCUUCGUAAACGUCUCUGAAACAUUUUAAACAUUUGUAUGUAGUCUAUUUAUUCUGUCCGAACAUGUCCUUGUCUUCUCUUUUUAACGGUGCUGUGCAUGUAGUUUUAACUCGUCUCUCGACAGACUUUAUGUUUUGUUACAUUUUCAUCAUUUUCUUUCCUCUCUCAUGGGUUGCUAACAUUUUCCAUGUGGUAAUUCAUUUCAAGUGUAAGGGCUGUAUAGUCAGAUUGUUGAUGGUUACAUUAAGGGAUCAGAUUUGUUAAUUGUCCUUGUCCAAUAAACAAUUUGUUUACUUUUA